CAGAGUCAUGGCGACCUCGGCGGCUGUUCGGUCGAGCAUGGGGCUGACUUUGAGACUUUCUCGAGUUAUACCGGACUGUAGCACCUGUUCUCUAUACAGGUUAAGGAGCUGUGUUAACAGCGCGGCUAAUUUACAACGGACGGGCUCCGCUGAUAGUUUCCGGACGAUUAAUCGACAUUUACAGACAAGUAUAGGUCUUUACCACAGUGAGGAGGGGAGCUCCAAUGCAGAGGACCCAGAGGAUGUGGUCAAUGUGGUGUAUAUAGAUCGGUCGGGCCAGAGGAUCCCAGUAAAGGCCAAAGUGGGAGAUAAUGUCCUGUAUCUGGCUCACAAGCAUGGAAUUGAACUUGAAGGAGCCUGUGAGGCAUCACUGGCCUGUUCAACAUGUCAUGUCUAUGUGAACGCAGCCCAUUUUGACAAACUGCCAGAACCUGAAGAGAGGGAGGAUGACAUGCUUGACAUGGCAGCGAUGCUUCAGGAGAACUCUCGGCUGGGAUGUCAGAUCAUUCUAACCCCUGAGCUUGACGGUAUUGAACUCACUUUGCCGAAAGUCACCAGGAACUUCUACGUGGACGGUCACGUUCCCAAACCUCACUGAGGAGAGGAGGAACAGACGGUGACAAAGGGGAUUUGCGAAAAAUCAGACGGUGUCGCUGUGAGCUUGACACCAUGUGCGCUGGUUGACAAGGGGGCGACCAUGACGAGGUGCACUACCAGGAUGCUAAUGUCCGUAGCAACUCCCAAGAUGUCUUUAAAACUAACAAAUUCUACAGUAAACCAGUAAUGGCAGGACAGGCCUGCAAAUGACAGUAAGACACACAGGAGUUUCAGUGGAGGGAAACUUAAUGGUUACUUACAGAAAAAUGACCAGAAAAACCUGAUGUUUUAACUGAUCAAGUAUUUAUGUGGAGUGUUCGCAGGCCAGCUUUAAGAUACCAUUCGGUCUCAAAAUACACUGCAGAGCAGAUUUUUUGUUUUCACAAAGUAAAUCUUUGUGCUGGUAAAUGGAACAUUCCUUGUUACAGCUCAUAUACGCACAAGUACCAGAAGCUGGUGUUAAUCAUUUUGGCCAGUCCAUCAUUAUCACCCAGAUUCACUUGUUAGAUAUUAUAUGUAUUGCAUUUACUGUUUUAAUGCACCAUGUUCAUUUAUAGCUGUGGUGGCUCAUCAGGAAGUAUCCACUGACUCUAGUAAGCCACAGAUGAGUUUUCUUCUGUAUGGCACCGGAGUUGGACAGAUUUAUUAUAAGGAAGUUUAUUUGUCUAAUGCUUGAAAUUGAGCUCUUAACAAAUGAUGGGUUAACUCUGCACACAUUGUAUACAUUUCAAAACAUGCAGAUGACCUUUGCUUAAGGUGCUUCCUCUCUGGUGACAAUCACAAAGGCUUGAUUAGAUGAUCUGACUCAGCUGUUCUUAGAUCCAGAGCAGGAAGCAGGUGGAGAGGAGUUUGUCUUGAAGCAGGUUGGCUGCAUGUUGCCAUAGAAUGAGUUUUACCACAUCUACCCUUUACUCAAGUCUACUGUACAUGCGCACAAAUGUAACUGAACUGUGUAUCUCGUGUUAGGAAUUUCAAAUAUUUAAAGUUGUGCAAUAAAAUCUGUUUUAAGAGUUA